UUCAUGAUAAACUAGUUUUUCUUUUAUUUCUAAUACAAACAUAGUCUUCUUCACCUUGCUAGUCUCUGAGACAACUAUAUGUGAAUUGUGAUUGAGAGAAAUGGCUGCCUAUGGCGCUCUAGUUUCUGUGAUGCAUAUUAUAGAUCAAAUUCAAACUCUUCCAAACUCUCCAAUUUCCGUUGACCAAAAUCAGGUUGAAUCUCUCACUCUACUUAUCACUUCCUUGCAAAAAUUUCUUGAAAGCUAUUUUCCCCACGGUGGCUACACUGAAGAAGAAGAUGUCUGGGAGAGUCGCAUUGCUGAAGCCGCUUAUGAAGUUGAAGAUGUGAUCGAGUCCUAUAUUGUCGAUCAAAUUCGUGCUCGAUCAGAAACUGAUGUAGAACACAUAAGCUCACUUGAAUUCUAUCAAGGUCUGGAGAAGGUGAUAGAAAACAUGAAUUUGAUCAAGAUUGAGAUUGAUGAGAAGAUGGUACUCCAAGAUCAACUCCACAUCGUAAAGUCUGUGAACACUGCUGCUGCUGAUGAUGAUGCAGCCUGGUUAAGAUCUGUUUCCGCUGCUCAUAAGGUUACAAUGGUUGGUUUUGAUGAUGUAUUGGAUCAAAUGCUAGACAAGAUCACUGGAGGAGGACUCAAACGCCAAAUUCUCCCGAUUGUUGGAAUGGGUGGGAUUGGCAAGACUACUCUUGCUCGGAAUAUUUAUGUAAGUCCACUUGUCCAACAACAUUUUGAUGUUUGUGCAUGGUCUGCAAUUUCGCAAGAUUAUAAUGCAAGAGAAAUUCUUAGAGAAAUUCUUGAACAAGUUCCUAAUAAAGUAGACAAGAAGGAUAAGGAGAAGAAGAAGAAGAAGAAGGAGAAGAAGAAGGAGAACGAUAGGAAAGUUUUGAGUGAAGAUGAGUUAGGAUAUAAACUGUACAAGCGUUUAAUAGGAAGGAGGUAUUUCAUGGUGAUGGAUGAUAUGUGGAAUAUUGAGGCAUGGGAUCGAGUUAGGAGAUUCUUCCCUGAUAAUAAAGACGGGAGUAGAAUAGUAGUGACGACAAGACUAUCAAACUUGGGAUCUCAAUUUAACUACUCCUAUGGUCUUGAUCUGAAAUUUUUGGAUGAGGAUGCUAGUUGGAACCUAUUUUGUAAAACUGUGUUCAGGGAUGAAGCUUGCCCUCUUGAGUUGGAGAACGUUGGUAAAAAUAUUGUGAAAGGUUGCAAGGGACUUCCACUGUCAGUUGCCGUGAUAGGGGGGCUUUUAUCAAAAUCUGAACGAACAAAAGAAAGUUGGGGAUUGUUUGAAAAUAAUAUAAGUUCAAUUGUGAAUUUGGAUGAUAAUGAGAGAUGCUUGCAAAUAUUAUACAUGAGUUAUAACAAUUUGCCGGUUCAUUUAAAACCAUGUUUUCUCUAUUUCGGAAGAUAUGGUGAAGAUGAAGUGAUUCGAUUAUCUCAACUCAACCUAGAAUUGGCUGCUGAGGGAUUCUUAAAACCAAUUAAUGGGAAAAGUUUGGAAGAGGUAGCAGAAAAGUACGUAGAAGAACUUGUUGAUAGAAAUCUCCUUAUAGUUGAAAAACAUCACCACUAUGGGAAACUGAAAUGGCUAAAAAUGCAUGACCUGUUGAGGGAUGUGUGUUUGAGAGAAGCUCGAAAAUUGAGGUUUUUGUAUGUGUUGGAAAAGCAGAGCAUUCCAGAGGGCAUAUAUCCUUAUCGCCGUAUUGCAAGCAGCUUUCAGAAAUGGGAAUAUCCAACUCAACUCAUUCAAUCUCUGAAGUCCACAGCACCUGUCCGUUCUUUCCUUGGGAGAGCUCCAACGAAUUUAUCAAAUAACUUCAGAUUGUUGAGGGUAUCUAUGUUUGAAGCAUUCCCUGGGGUAGAUUAUGAGAAGAAUUUUCUUGAGCGAGUUAACUCGCAUCUACUUUUUAUCAGGGUUGUCGACGGAUUAUACAGAAUUCCUUCCUCCAUCUCUUUUCUCUGGAAUCUGCAGACAAUGAUUAUACAUGACACACGUAGGAAUUAUGCUUUCGAUCUUUGGAAGAUGCCUCAACUUAGGCACAUCGGAAUCAUCACCGGGUGGAACAAUGGUGGUGGUACAUUUAAUGUCCCCGAUCCUCUCAACGAUGAAGAGGAUAUGGUGAUGGAAAACCUACAGUCACUUUACUGUGUGAACAAUCUCAAGUUUGGUGCUGGGGUGCUUAAAAGAAUCCCCAAUAUCAAAACAUUGAAGUUGUACUAUAUCGGCAUCAGUAGAGUAGAUGAAAUUUGCCACCUCGAGAACAUUUGUUGCCUCCAAAAGCUCGAAUCUCUUGGCAUCAAGUGCUCUUUUACGCGACAUGUGAGGUUUCCGGAUUCGCUCAAGAAGUUGACAUUGCAAUAUACCCUUCUUCGUUGGGAAGACAUGAAGACAAAAAUAGGUUUGUUACCCCAUCUUCAAGUUCUCAAGCUGAAAACAAGUUCCUUUAUGGGGUUUAAGUGGGAAACACUGGAAGACCAAUUCUUGAAUCUCAGGUUCUUGCUGAUUCAUUGUUGUGAUCUAGAAUGUUGGAUCACAGACAGCACCCACUUUCCACGCCUUGAGCACCUUCAUCUUGGCCAUAUAGAAACGUUGAGGGAGAUACCUUCAUGCAUGGGAGACAUACCAACACUUAAGUCAAUUAAGUUGUUACGAUGUAGUGAUUCUUUGGUGGAUUCAGCUCGAAAAAUAAAGGUGGAGCAAGAGGAACUCGGCAAUGAAGACCUUCGAAUCGUGACCUCAUACAAUGAUUCUAAACUGAAGCGCGAUAUAUACUGAUACGGACGUACCAUCAGCCACCCAUUCUUCAAGCCUGAGUUCAGUUGCUUCUUCAAACAGGCCAUCCGUGACACCUCAAGCACGAGGCCCAGACUCAACAUCAAGGUGCCAGACCCCUCUUCUUGGAUUAUGUUGAAGUCGUUCUUUUAUUUCUGUAAUUUGGAUAUUUUUUGAGUCAAACAAAAUUAUAUUCUCCCUCCGUCCACAAA